AUGUCUGAACAAGACGGUCAUCCAAAUAAAUACAAUGAAUUACGAAGUACCUAUAAAUACUACAUCGAUUCAUAUAAUGCACUAUAUCAGCUAAAAACGGAAAAUGAAGAAGAUUUAAACUCAAUUUACAAAAUGAUCAAAAAAGAAAUGAUUGAUUCAAAGAAAUAUACACCUACUAGUAUUAUAAAAGACAUUUCAAAUAUCAUUCCGUAUAAUAAUCGCUAUACAAAGUCAUAUUUAUCUCUUGUCAAACUCAUAUCUGAUGAUUACAAUAUCCAAGAGGUUAAAGAUAUUAAACGAUUUUCAAAAAACCUUCAAAGUCAUACAAAAAAUACAAUUCAUACAGCAAUAAUGUAUAAUGACAUUGAAAAAUUCAUCAUACUCACCGAAAGCGAUGGAUUUGAUAAAAAUCAAAAGUACAAAAGCAAAUUAUAUCCGGAUUCUGAUGAAGGUUAUUCAUUACUCGAAUUAUGUUGUUACCAUGGAGCAGUUGAUUGUUUCAAGUUGUUGAGAACAAAAUUUAACUCAAAAAUAACGCAAACAUGUCUAAAAUUUUCAUUUUUAGGAAGAAACAAAGAGAUCAUGAGUGAAUGUUUGAAAUAUCAAAAACCAAAUAAAGAUUGCAUGGAAUAUGCAAUUAUUUCACACAACAUUGAUUAUGUUACAUUCUUGAUGAAUGAGCACAAAAUAAAGAUCAACUUAAAUUAUUGCGGAAAACAUAAAAAUCUUGAAUCGUUUUUAGUUUGUUUCGAUCAAACUAAUGAUGUUGACAAAUGCUUUAUUUAUUCAGCAUAUUUUGGCAUAGCUUCUCUUUGCGAAUAUUUCCUUUCACUUGGUGCAGAUAUCGAUGAAAAAGAUAAAGAGGGAGACACUGCUCUUAAUUAUUCAGCUAUUUAUAAUUUUAAAGAAUUGGCUGAACUUCUUAUUUCACAUGGUGCAAACAUCAAUGAAAAAGAUGAUGAUGGGCACACACCUCUUUUUCUUUCCGCAUAUUUUAAAAGUCCAGAAAUAGCCGAACUUCUUAUUUCACAUGGUGCAAAGAUCCAUAAAAAAGAUGAUGAGGGACAAACACCUCUUCAUGCUUCUGCACUCAGUAAUAAUCAAGAAACAGCUGAACUUCUUAUUUCACAUGGUGCAAACGUCAAUGAAAAAGAUGAGAAUAGAUACACCCCUCUUCAUCUUGCAGCAUAUCAUAAAAGUAUAGAAACAGCCGAACUUCUUGUUUCACACGGUGCAAAAAUCGAUAAAAAAGAUGAUGAGGGACAAACACCUCUUCAUGCUGCUGCACUCGGUAGCAAUAAAGAAACAGCCAAACUUCUUAUUUCACACGGAGCAAAUAUUAAUAUAAGAGAUAAAGGAGGAAGAACCGCUCUUCAUGGUGCAGCAUGUUUUAAUAGUAAAGAAAUAGCUGAACUUCUAAUUUCACAUGGUGCAAACGUCAAUGAAAAAGAUGAUGAAGAACAAACCGCUCUUCACACUGCUGCACUUAAAAAUAGUCCAGAAACAGCCGAACUUCUUAUUUCACAUGGUGCAAACGUCAAUGAAAAAGAUGAUGAUGGAUACACCCCUCUUCAUCUUGCAGCAUAUUAUAAAAGUCCAGAAACAGCCGAACUUCUUGUUUCACACGGUGCAAAAAUCGAUAAAAAAGAUGAUAGCGGUCAAACACCUCUUCAUGCUGCUGCACUCGGUAAUAAUAAAGAAAUAGUCGAAAUUCUUCUUUCACAUGGCUCAAAUGUUAAUAUAAGAGAUAAAGGAGGAAUAACCGCUCUUCAUAUCGCAGCACGUUAUGAUUAUAAAGAAAUAGCCGAACUUCUUAUAUCACAUGGCGCAAAUGUCAAUGAAAAAGACGAGGACGGAAACACCAUCCUUCAUUAUACAGCAUCUAAAAAUAGUAAAGAAACAGCCAAACUUCUAAUUUCACAUGGCGCAGAUGUCAAUGAAAAAAACGACGAUGAAAAUUCCACUCUUUAUUUUGCAGCAAAAUUUAAUAGAAAAGAAUUAGCUGAAAUUCUUAUUUCACACGGUGCAGACAUCAAUUCAAAAAAUGAUGAAGGACAAACACCUCUUGAAUGUGCAGAAAUUUGUGAUAGUGAUGAAACAGCCAAACUUCUAAUUUCAUACGGUGCAGAAAAAUAA